AUGGCAGAGGUUGAAGCAGCCAUACAAGAAAUGUUCCAGGCACCUCAUAUUCAAGAGAUGAAAACUUCUUCCAGGCUAAGUAAAAUAUUUUUGACUGCCAUGGUGUAUGAACUCUACAAAACAAGAAUGGGGGAAACUACUUUUGAAAAGUUGGCAAUGACAGUCUCAUGCCUCUGUACAAGCAACGGAGAAGCAUUUCCUGGACAUGACAUGCUAUUAAAAAUUGGGCAAGCAACCCUAACAAGGUACGAAGUGAAUAUAAAUCAUUCUCAGGGUAAAGUGCUGCCUAGUAUUAUAAUGGCAAAACCAGCAGGUGGCCCUAGUAAGAGAGAUCAGCCUGCAGGGAUGGAUGAGGACUAA